AUGUCUACGGUGCAGAUCAGAUCAAAGAAACGAAAACAGACGCCACAAGGUGUACCAAAUAAUGGUGACCCGGAUCGAAAGCGAGUUCUGAAUGUGCUUGCCCAGCAGAGAUACCGCCAGAAACAAAAGAGGAGACUUGCAGAACUUGAAGCUAGAGCGAUCGAAUUGGCACCAUCGCCCACAGCGUCGUUGAACGCGCCAUUGGAUGACAUCACCUUCACACCAGUCGAGCCCGAGAGCUCCAAAGUGAUAUCAAGUCCUGGUUUAGAGGGCAAUGCAACAGUGGACAUUGAAGACAUACUCCGAAGCACGACAGAGAUUGCCUUUCCUUUCUUAGACUACGGAACUGACCUCUCCCAUAAAUUCAGUACACAAGCUCCUCCAGCUAAUACCCCAAACACUGAAUUGCACCCAGACUUCCCAACCGCAUUCCUCCUCCCACCAGAUCCUUCCACUCCUUCAUCACCACCCCCUCCACACUGCACAUCACCUCCAAUAGCCUUCCCUCUUACCCCGGAUCCUACGAACCUCACCAUCCCUAAUCUCUCCACCUUCCGUGCCUUCGCAACCAUCGCCUCAGCCAUAGGCGUCAUUUCCAACUUCCACAACCCCAACUACCUGCACACACUCUCUCCAACCCCAGCCCCAAACCUACCUCCGAAUCUGCACCCGACCUCUGCGCAGAUCACGAUCCCACAUCACCCGUUGCUGGAUAUAUUGCCCUGGCCUUCGGUGCGAGAGAAGUUAAUCUGCAUACUUGCGCUGCCGUCCGAGUUAAGGCCGCUGAUUGCGAGGGAGGAGGGGGAUGAGGAUGGCAGCGGCCAGGCGAAGGCUGUUGUGCAGAUUGUGCAUGACCUGGAUGAUAUGGCGGAUGGGUGUCGAAUACAUGGGAAUUUGGUGGCAUGGGGUGAGGGGAGCGAGUUCGCGGAGGAGUCGUGGGAGAUGGGAGAAUGCUUUUUUAAGAAUUGGUGGUGGUGUAUUGAUGGGAGGGUGGUCAAUAUGUCUAACCUGAGAAGGAGGCAGAGAGGGCUAGGGUGUCUGAGGAUCGCUGCGUAG